AUGAAGAAAGACAAAACUCAUCCUUCUCCCUUUAAGUUGAAACUUAAACAUCAACUCGAACAACGACAAGAAGCAAAAGAGUUCACUCUCGAUGCUAAUGUCAAAAUUAUCCGACAAGGGUCUCUUUUAAAGAAUGUCUUCUUCUCAUCCACUGUUGAUAAUUUCAUAUUUGAAGACGAGGAUUGUCCAGAGAAAGUAGAACUCUACGAGUUAUUUAUCGACGCUGGAAUAGUCGAGUUCGAGGCUCAGUUUCUGCUUAUUGACUUGAUUGUGUACGUUUCUAGAAAAACAAAGUCGCUUGAUGACGAUUACAAAGGAGUUUUAACGUUGAGGGUCGAAGUAACGUUACCACCUGAACCGGUCGAGCUUAACCGUACCGGUUUGGAGCUAACUCAAUUCCAAGAACCAAAGACGAUAAAGACGGUGGUAAUAGCGCAACGGUUAAGACCAAAUCAUAAAAUACAAAAAGCCGUGUACAAGAUUGGAGCUGAUGGCGUCUCAAUGGUUCGAUGCCAAGCCCGGAUUACACAAGGUCACGAAAGUAUCUAG